GAUUUUGACACACUUGAGUUGCAAAUAAACAAGAUGGCAACAGAGAGAUUGACCCCAUCUCAAAGUCCAUGAGGGGUGAGGCCCCUUCUGGCCCAAAGAUGGGGAACAUCACCACAGAGAACUCCUCACUAAGCUGCCCCAUCGACCACACCAUCCACCAGACUCUGGCCCCGGUGGUCUACGUGACAGUGCUGGUGGUGGGCUUCCCAGCCAACUGCCUGUCCCUCUACUUCGGCUACCUGCAGAUCAAGGCUCGGAAUGAGCUGGGAGUGUACCUGUGUAACCUGACCAUCGCGGAUCUGUUCUACAUCUGCUCGCUCCCCUUCUGGCUGCAGUACGUGCUCCAGCACGACAACUGGUCCUAUGGUGACUUAUCCUGCCAGGUGUGCGGCAUCCUCCUCUAUGAGAACAUCUACAUCAGUGUGGGCUUCCUCUGCUGCAUCUCCAUCGACCGCUACCUGGCUGUGGCCCACCCCUUCCGCUUCCACCAGUUCCGAACCCUGAAGGCAGCCGUGGGCGUCAGCGUGCUCAUCUGGGUCAAGGAGCUGCUGACCAGCGUCUACUUCCUCAAGCACAAGGAAGUCAUCGAGGACGAGGACCGGCACCGAGUCUGCUUUGAGCAUUACCCCAUCCAGGCCUGGCAGCGCGGCAUCAACUACUACCGCUUCCUCGUGGGUUUCCUCUUCCCAAUUUGCCUGCUGCUGGCCUCCUACCAGGGCAUCCUUCGGGCCGUGCGCCGCAGCCACGGCACGCAGAAGAGCCGCAAGGACCAGAUUCAGCGGCUGGUGCUCAGCACCGUGGUCAUCUUCCUGGCUUGUUUCCUGCCCUACCACGUGCUGCUGCUGGUUCGCAGCCUCUGGGAGGCUAGCUGUGACUUCGCCAAGAGCAUCUUCAACGUCUACCACUUCUCCCUCCUCCUCACCAGCUUCAACUGCGUAGCUGACCCGGUGCUGUACUGUUUCGUAAGUGAGACCACUCACAGGGACCUAGCCCGCCUCCGAGGAACCUGCCUAGCCUUCCUCACCUGCUCCAGGACAAGCAGGACCAGGGAGGCCUACCCUCUGGGUGCCCCUGAGGCCUCUGGAAAAAGUGGGGCCCAAGGCGAGGAACCUGAAUUGUUAACCAAGCUCCACUCAGCCUUCCAGACCCCUAACUCGCUGGGAGUGGGAGGGUCCCCCUCAGUUGGGUUGGCCUAG